CUUGCUCAAUGACGCUUCGGCAGGAUGCCAGCUUUCCUGUAAGUUUCUGUGAACUAGAAGCCACACAGCAGCUGUUUUCCACACCUGAUUUUGUCUCGGCUCCCGUCUCUUUACUUUUCCUCUGCAAUGUCCUUAUCAGCUGGGUUGUAUAACAGAAACUUGCAGUUUCUGGGACACGCACACUGGAAUGAAGUCAAAUUAGCUGGUGUGGGAAAAGGACCAGCUGCUGACACACCUCCAUCACCUUAAGCAAGUUGUGGUUUGGACCCGUGACCUGGCACACUCGGCCAUAAAAGGCUGCGUAAGGUCCCACCAGGUUCACACUGUUGGACAUGAUGAGGUGGCUGCUCGCACUCACUGCGCUGUUUGUGGCCGUUCUUGGCAAGGAGACGUUUGAGGGGCAUCAGGUGCUUCGCAUUCUUGCAAAAGAUGAUGUCCAACUGUCUCUCAUCAAGGACCUGGAGGACAUGAUCCAGUUCGAGCUGGACUUCUGGAGGGGGGUGACUGAUGUGGACUCUCCUGUGGAUGUCAGAGUUCCCUUCCACAGCCUGCAGUCUGUCAAAAUCUACCUGGAGAGUCAGAACAUUGACUACUCCAUCAUGAUCCAUGACCUGCAGGUGAUGCUGGAUGAGGAGCGGGAGGAGAUGCAGUCUGCUGCUCGUUUUGCUGUGCCCAGAAACACUGACGGCUAUGACUACGCCAACUACCACACCCUCAGCGAGAUCAACAGUUUCCAGGACAUGCUGGUGGCUGAGAAUCCCAACAUGGUCAGCAAGAUUGUGAUUGGUAAGAGCUACGAGGGUCGUCCCCUGAAUGUGCUCAAGUUCAGCACUGGUGGAACCAACCGUCCUGCCAUCUGGAUCGACACUGGAAUCCAUUCCAGAGAGUGGGUCACUCAGGCCAGCGGGACCUGGUUUGCCAAAAAGAUCGUGACCGAUUACGGACGCGACCCUGCUCUCACCGCCAUCCUCAACAAGAUGGACAUCUUACUGGAGAUUGUGACCAACCCUGAUGGCUACGCGUACACCCACUCCUCAAACCGCAUGUGGCGUAAGACCAGGAAGCCCAACCCUGGCUCUAGCUGUGUUGGAGUCGAUCCCAACAGGAACUGGGAUGCUGGUUUUGGAGAACCUGGUGCCAGCAGCAGCCCCUGCUCAGAGACCUACCGUGGACCCAGCGCUAACUCUGAGUCUGAAGUCAAGUCUAUUGUAGACUUUGUGAAGUCCCAUGGUAAUAUCAAGGCCUUCGUCUCCAUCCACUCCUACUCCCAGAUGCUUCUGUACCCCUAUGGCUACACCAGGACUCCAGCCAAGGACCAGGCAGAGCUGCACAAUCUGGCUCAGAAGGCCAUCACUGACUUGGCCUCCAUGUUCGGUACUCGCUACACAUUCGGCAGCAUCAUCGACACCAUCUACCAAGCUAGUGGUACCACCGUUGACUGGACCUACAAUCAGGGCAUCAAGUACUCCUACACCUUUGAGCUGAGGGACACCGGCCGCUAUGGCUUCAUCCUGCCGGCCAAUCAGAUCAUCCCCACCGCCCAGGAGACUUGGCUGGCUCUGAUGGCCAUCAUGGAUCACACCUUUAAGAACCCUUACUAAUGUGUGUUUGUGUGUGUGUAGUAUCCUCUCCUCCCUGUGGAGAGGAUACUGUUGGCUAAUGUCACCUUUUAAAUGUUGUCAUCAUCAUCAUCACUGUACUUCAUUUUACAGCAAGUAAAAACCCCAAACAGACAAAUAAAUGACAACACUGGAAAACUGCA